AGAAUCAAUUCUCCCUCCUUCCCGCCCUCCCGCUCUGCUCCCCACCCCUUCCUCUCCGGCCUGCCUUCCUCCCUCCUCCGUCAUCCCUGCCCGCUGUGGCUCCUCUGUCCACCCAGCCUGGGACCCGUGCUGGCACCCUCUAGGCAUGGACUGCCUGGGGAGCCCCAGGCCUCGGGCGGCUCCCUGACACUGGCACCUGAGGAGCUCAGCGAUGCUGCGGGCAUGGGGGCUGCUGGAUGAGCCCCAGCCCAGCCCCUGCGGCCGGUCGUGCCCGCUCUGACACGUGGCCCCCCGCCCCUUACCUCUCGUUGGCUUCCUGGAAGGAGCCCUUGGUGCAUUCUGUCAUGGUGAAUUAAGGAGCCUCAUCUAGAAGUCCUAACUCGCAGUUCCCCAUCGUCGGGAAGGCUGGGACUCCAAGAUGAUUAUAAAGGAAUAUCGGAUCCCUCUGCCGAUGACCGUGGAGGAGUACCGCAUCGCCCAGCUCUACAUGAUACAGAAGAAAAGCCGAAAUGAGACCUACGGUGAGGGCAGCGGCGUGGAGAUCCUGGAGAACCGGCCCUACACAGACGGCCCUGGCGGCUCGGGCCAGUACACACACAAGGUGUACCACGUGGGCAUGCACAUCCCCGGCUGGUUCCGCUCCAUCCUGCCCAAGGCAGCCCUGCGGGUGGUGGAGGAGUCCUGGAAUGCCUACCCCUACACACGAACCAGGUUCACCUGCCCUUUCGUGGAGAAGUUUUCCAUCGACAUCGAAACCUUUUAUAAAACCGAUGCUGGGGAGAACCCGGACGUCUUCAGCCUGUCUCCUGUGGAAAAGAACCAGCUGAUGACAGACUUCAUCGACAUCGUCAAGGACCCUGUGCCGCCCAACGAGUACAAGGCCGAAGAGGACCCCAAGCUGUUCCAGUCAACCAAGACCCACCGCGGGCCACUGUCUGACAACUGGAUUGAGGAGUACAAGAAGCAGCUGCUGCCCGUCAUGUGUGCCUACAAGCUCUGCAAGGUGGAGUUCCGCUACUGGGGCAUGCAGUCCAAGAUAGAGAGGUUCAUCCACGACACCGGCCUGCGGCGGGUCAUGGUGCGGGCCCACAGGCAGGCCUGGUGCUGGCAGGAUGAGUGGUACGGGCUGAGCAUGGAGAACAUCCGGGAGCUGGAGAGGGAGGCGCAGCUCAUGCUAUCCCGCAAGAUGGCCCAGUUCAGUGAAGACGAGGGGGCUACCGAGCUCGCCAAGGACCAGGACACCCAGGACCAGGCAUCCGGGGUGCCCCCUGAGCCCAGCAGCAGCCACGGGGAGCCCCUGGUGGGGCGUGGCCUGAAGAAGCAGUGGUCCACGUCUUCUAAAUCGUCACGGUCAUCCAAGAGGGGAGCCAGCCCUUCCCGCCACAGCAUCUCGGAGUGGAGGAUGCAGAGUAUUGCCAGGGACUCUGACGAGAGCUCAGACGACGAGUUCUUUGAUGCCCAUGAGGACCUGUCUGACUCGGAGGAGAUGUUCCCCAAGGACAUCACCAAGUGGAGCUCCAACGACCUCAUGGACACCAUUGAGAGCCCAGAGCCAGAGGACACACAGGAGAGUCUGUACGGCCAGAGCAGCCCAGAGUUCAGGGUGGCCUCCAGCGUGGAGCAGCUGAACAUCAUCGAGGACGAAGUCAGCCAGCCACUGGCUGCACCGCCCUCCAAGAUCCACGUGCUGCUGCUGGUGCUGCACGGAGGCACCAUCCUGGACACGGGCACCGGGGACCCCAGCUCCAAGCAGGGAGACGCCAACACCAUCGCCAACGUGUUUGACACCGUCAUGCGUGUGCACUACCCCAGCGCCCUGGGCCACCUUGCCAUCCGCCUGGUGCCCUGCCCCCCUGUCUGCGCCGACGCCUUCGCCCUCGUCUCCAACCUCAGUCCCUACAGCCACGAUGAGGGCUACCUGUCCAGCAGUCAGGACCACAUCCCCCUGGCCGCCCUGCCUCUGCUGGCCACUUCCUCACCUCAGUACCAGGAGGCAGUUGCCACAGUGAUUCAGAGGGCCAACCUGGCCUACGGGGACUUCAUCAAGUCCCAAGAGGGCGUGACCUUCAGUGGGCAGGUCUGCCUGAUUGGGGACUGCGUUGGGGGCAUCCUAGCAUUUGAUGCCUUGUGCCACAGCAACCAGCCAGUGUCUGAGAGUCAGAGCAGCAGCCGCCGUGGCAGCGUGGUCAGCGUGCAGGAUGCUGAGCUGCUGUCCCCGGGCACCCUGGGGAAUGCAGCCCACGGCUCCAGUGGCAGUGGCGGCGGUGGCUCCAGCCUGGAGAGCAGCCGGCACCUGAGCCGCAGCAGCACCGACAUCCCCCGCAGCACUGGUGCCGAGGACUCCAGAAGGCAGCUGCCCCGCAAGAGAAGCGACUCAUCCACCUACGAGCUGGACACCAUCCAGCAGCACCAGGCCUUCCUGUCCAGCCUGCAUGCCAGUGUGCUGAGGAACGAGCCCGGCUCCCGCCGCUCGAGCAGCUCCACCAUGCUGGAUGGCGCCGGCGCCCUGGGCAAGUUUGACUUUGAAAUCGCAGAUCUCUUCCUCUUCGGGUGCCCACUGGGGCUGGUCCUGGCUUUACGGAAAACCGUCAUCCCUGCCCUGGAUGUUUUCCAGCUGCGGCCAGCCUGCCAGCAAGUCUACAACCUCUUCCACCCCGCCGACCCCUCUGCCUCCCGCCUGGAGCCCCUGCUGGAGCGCCGCUUCCAUGCCCUGCCACCCUGCAGCAUUCCCCGCUACCAGCGCUACCCGCUGGGGGACGGCUGCUCCACGCUGCUGGUCGAGACCGUGCAGAGAAACCCCGAGCUGGUCCUGGAGGGUGGCCCCCUGGCCCCUCUCCCCCAUGGGGACGGCUUCCUGGAAACCAGUAUCCCCGUUCCCGCGCUCACCUGGCAAGAUGGGCCCCGCCAGAGCCUGGGCUGUGCCGAGUCAGAUGCACUCCAGACUCACAACGUGGUCUUCCAAGAGCACGCAGCCCCCUCGUCGCCCGGCACGGCCCCCACCAGCCGUGGCUACCGCAGAGCCAGCGAGAUCAGCAUCGCCAGCCAGGUGUCAGGCCUGGCCGAGAGCUACACGGCGUCCAGCAUCGCCCAGAAGGCCCCCUCAGCGCUCAGCCACACCCCCAGCGUCAGGCGCCUGUCCCUGCUUGCCCUGCCCUCCCCACCCCCCGCCACCCCAGGGCCCCAUCCCCGGGCGAGCCCCAGCCUGGACAGGGCCCCCUUCCUCCUUGGCGUGGACAUCGGAGAAGUUGCUGCUAAGUGGUGGGGCCAGAAGCGGAUCGACUAUGCCCUGUACUGCCCCGACGCCCUCACGGCCUUCCCCACGGUGGCCCUGCCCCACCUCUUCCACGCUAGCUACUGGGAGUCAACGGAUGUGGUGUCCUUCCUACUCAGACAGGUCAUGAGGCAUGACAGCUCCAGCAUCUUGGAGCUGGAUGGCAAGGAGGUGUCGGUGUUCACCCCCUCACAGCCCAGAGAGAAGUGGCAGCGCAAGAGGACACAUGUGAAGCUGCGGAACGUGACGGCCAACCACCGGAUCAGUGACGCAGUUGCCAACGAGGACGGCCCACAAGUUGUGACAGGCCGGUUCAUGUAUGGGCCCCUGGACAUGGUCACCCUAACCGGGGAGAAGGUGGACGUGCACAUCAUGAUGCAGCCACCCUCAGGUGAGUGGCUAUACCUGGACACACUGGUGACCAACAGCAGUGGGCGUGUCUCCUACACGAUCCCCGAGACACACCGGCUGGGAGUGGGGGUCUACCCCAUCAAGAUGGUGGUCAGGGGAGACCACACGUUUGCUGACAGCUACAUCACUGUGCUGCCCAAGGGCACGGAGUUUGUGGUCUUCAGCAUCGACGGCUCCUUUGCCGCCAGCGUGUCCAUCAUGGGCAGUGACCCCAAGGUGCGGGCCGGGGCCGUGGAUGUGGUGCGGCACUGGCAGGACCUGGGCUACCUCAUCAUCUAUGUGACGGGUCGGCCAGAUAUGCAGAAGCAGCGGGUGGUGGCAUGGCUGGCCCAGCACAACUUCCCCCACGGUGUGGUGUCCUUCUGUGACGGCCUGGUGCACGAUCCACUGCGGCACAAGGCCAACUUCUUGAAGCUGCUCAUCUCUGAGCUGCACCUGCGCGUGCAUGCGGCCUACGGCUCCACGAAGGAUGUGGCGGUCUACAGCUCCAUCAGCCUGUCCCCCAUGCAGAUCUACAUUGUGGGCCGGCCCACCAAGAAGCUGCAGCAGCAGUGCCAGUUCAUCACGGACGGCUACGCAGCCCACCUGGCCCAGCUCAAGUACAACCACCGGGCACGGCCAGCCCGCAACACCGCCACCCGCAUGGCACUACGCAAGGGCAGCUUCGGCCUUCCUGGCCAGGGGGACUUCCUGCGUUCCAGGAACCACCUGCUCCGCACCAUCUCAGCUCAGCCCAGUGGCCCCAGCCGACUCGAGCGGACGCAGGGCCAAGCAGACUGUGAACAGCGAGGCCAGCGCAGCAUGAGCAUGGCGGCCAGCUGCUGGGGCCGCACCAUGACAGGCCGGCUUGAUCCAGGGACAGCCACGGGCCCCAAGUAGGGCACCAUCAGCGAGGCACCAUGGUCUCUUAGGCAGUGCUAGGCCAGGGUUCCAGCUCCACCAGGAGGUCUGGCCUAAGCACACGCAGGUGGCUGGGGAGGAACAGACACGCCUGAGAGCUUGUCCCAUGGCCCACUGGAGGACACAGGCCAUGCCACCCAGUCCUCCCAGCCCUGCCUCCUGUCAUAGGGCCUGUGGGGUCCAGCAUAUCGUGGAAAACAGCAGGACAACCAGCCAGGAUCACAGAAGGACCAAGACAUCCCACUGAGCCUGGCCUGGGGAGGCACUUCUGGACAUUGUGCCCUGUGUUGAUCUCCCAGCCUCCUGGUGCCAGGGGUGGGCCUGGGCCCAUCCUGCCACCUCCCUGUCCACUAUCCUCCACCCCAAGGUCCCCUCCAUUUGGUAGCAGCUCCAACAGGGGUCCAGCCUGCUUCUCGUUGACUCCAGAUUCUCAACUGUCUGACCUCACUGGUUUUGCCCUGGUUUUUGAGUGUGGGACCCUUUACCAUCUAUGGCUACAGACUCGCUGACAUGCAUGAAAACUCAAUAUCUGCUGAUCCGGGACCUGUUACCACACAGAAGGUUCCAGUUUGGCAAAUCCAUGUGCAAGCAGGAGAGCAAGGCCAUAUUUUAAUUCCUGCAGCCCUGCCUGGCCUGCCAGAGCCAUGGCAGCCCUGGGACCCCUGCCCGCCUGUCUGCCUGCCCAGCUGGGGCCCAGUGCCGUCACAGGGCUGGUGUUAUUUCCAGCCCUGAGCACAGCCCAGGCAUGAGGCCAAUGAAACACAAGGCCGGCUCCCUCGUUGUCCCACCUUGGGCCAUGGGGCCUGGACAAGCCUGGCCUCUUCUCCUUGCCUGCCAUCGGUAGGGCCCCAGGCCGUGGCCCACCCACCCGCCUGCCCUCCGCGUUUCUACGCCUUUCUACUUCUCAACCUGAUUUCUAUGAGGUUUUUUUAAAUGAGCAAUCCUCGGCUGCUUCCUUUCUUAACUCUUUCAGUACCAAGCGCAGCCCCUCCACAUUGAGAACACCCAGCACUGUGACGGAGUCCAGCCUGGUUCUGGGUCCCAUGGGCCCCACCCUAGCCCACUCAUCGGGGUGCGGGCUCCCUGCCUCACCUGACCCAUUAAUUCCACUGAAUUUCUAUGGGGGAGGGGGUUUGGGACAGGGCCACAUUUAGGUUUUUUAAUGCCAAUUCCGUUUCAAUGCUGAAUCUAAGCCACAGCUCGCUUGCUAGCUUAAGGGCAGGCAGCCAGGACUUCACUUCUCACCCACACAGGAGUGCUGCACCCGGGCCUGACACUUGUCUCCCCUUCCCAGCACCGGGCAACCUCGGCUGCCGCCCAGGUUCCGCCACCAUCCCCAAGGCCCCGGACAGCCCUCCAGCCACUGCACUCUGUUCCUGAGACUCUGCCAACCUGGAUACAGCUCAGGGCCCUGCGGGCUGGGCUGGGGAGGUGUGCAGGCUGAGGGCAACUUUCCCCGUGUGUAGAUAUGUACAGCCAAAGGGUCAUGUAAAUGUUCUCAAAUGGGGGCCUAUACAGAGGAAGAGCUAUUUAUUUUGUGCAGAGAAAACACCUGGGGGAUGGAGCCUCCAGGGCUAUUCACAUUUAAGAUGUAGCUUUUUGUUGUUUCAGGCAUAUUGUAUAAAGCAACGACUAUUUUAUGGACCAAGUAUCCUCGUAACUGUUGCAGUGAAAGUGCAAUAGCUGACCCCUUGCUCCCAGCAGGAGUCGCUGGCCCGACAAUCACAGCCCUGGCCAGGGGCCCCUGUGGCCAGUGCCACCGCCUCUAUCAGCCCCACCUUGCCCCACCUCACCUACACCUCGGUGACUAGCCAUCCAGAGAAGCACCUGGAAGUCCUGGGCCCGCCUGCAAUAAAGGCCAGGAGGCCCUGUGGGCAGACUCAGCCUCUCCCAAGGAAGCCCCCAUGGCUUCGCACCCCCCAUAGCCUGCCCAGUCAUCAGCCAUGCCAAGGACAACAGCAAUAGUCCCCUGGGCCUCUCCCAGGCCCUCAGCCAUAGACGGUGAGACGGGCAGCCUCCCUCCCAAGUCUCUUCUAUAUCCAGGUCUGCUUUCUGCCUCCCUAAGACUCCUUUCACCACACUCUCCCGAGGAAGCACCAGUUUUUCAGAAACCAAGAGAGGGAAGGGCAAAGUCCUUUAAAUACCAAAAAUGUUUACAGUGUUGGGUGCUGAGCUGCAGGGCUCAGGCCCAACCAGUCGUAACCAAAGGGUGAGGCAGGCCUUGCUGACUGCCACCCCCACCCCAGGCCUGUUAGAAUAGAAGCCUUAGUCCACCCCACCCACCCCGAACCCCAGGACUGAGCCUCAACCACCACCCAGCUCCACCACCUGCCUUCUCUUUGAUUUCUAAAGAAGGAUUCAGCAGAGACCCAUCCCUCCCUGGCUCAGUAUGAGCUGCCUGCCUCCUGCCCCACCCCAUCGCAGCCUUCACAUCUGGACCCCUCCCGUCUGUCCUCGUGCUGUCUGUCUCUGGGCCAUGUGUGAACAGUGUCCUGACUCCCUCCCUGCUGUCCCUGAAUCAUUGGGCCUGAGUGUGCUCUGUAUAUGUCACUGUCUGUUACACCAAUUAAAGAAGCAGGAAGGCUUC